AUAUGAAUUUUUCCUAAAGAAAAUAAAAAAGCAGAAUAAAUAUCCACGAUUAUAUACAACCGUGCAAAGAAGAUUCUUUUGUUUCAUCGGCAAACUUGUUUUACUCGCAAUACAUAUUACUCUUUGUCACCUCUAAAGAAGCUUCGAAACUAGCACUUGUUGUUUCAAUUUUCGUACAUCAAUUCUCAUCAAAAGCCGACUCAAACAUAAACCGAGAGUUUAUAAAAAACAGAUGUCAGAAAGACUAGAAGAUGACUUUGCAAUCGAUGAAGAGAGAUCCUCCUACUAUGGCGGAGCCUCCAUACCAUUCAUAUGGGAGUCAAGGCCAGGAACACCCAAAAACCACCUCUGCUCCGAUUCCUCUCUUCCUCUGCCUCUCACACCGCCGCCCUCAUACUACUCCUCCGGGAUUUUGUCGACACCAAGGACGCAAAGCAAGGUGAGAUCAAAACUAAGUAAGUUUCUGUCCUUCUCCAUGUUCAGUGAUCUCAGGAGGAGCAAUCACGGUAGCAAGAAGACGGCAAGCUCAUCGUUUUCUUGGUCUUCUACGUCAUCUUCAUCUUCCUUUUCCUCCUCGCCACCACAUUCUUUGAAAAAACGUAUGAGUCACGACAAAAAAUCGCCACUUCUGUACGCUAACUACGAAGAGGAUGAGCUUAGGUCUUCACCAACCUCGACUCUGUGUUGCUCCAACGGGGGAAGACUUGGCUGUAGUUCUUCAAUGGGGAGUGUGACAAGAGCUCUGUUCUCUGGGUCAAUGGAGGGUAUGAAGAGACAUGAGACCACAGGUAAAGCUCUAAUCAUCAGCGACAUGAAUAAAGCUUGAUUAUGUGAAUAAAGCUUGGUUUUUUCUAUGAGCUGCUUCGCCUCAUUGAACAGAGAGUGUUAUAGUUAUUGGUGUGUGAAUGUAAGUAUAUAGUUUGUCUCUCAGUCGUGGCCUUACCUGUGUAUUGUGGACAGGCUUUUUCGUCAAUUCAUGUCUAAGUAGAACCAAGAACGUUCUCCCACUGAAACGAUGUUAAAUAUUAUAAACCGAUAGAUAUUUUGUAUACACA